AAUGAAAAACUAAAAUAUACAUUAGUUAUUCAUUAUAUAUAUGUUUUAAGUUCUUUUGUUGUUUCAAAAUUCUAGUUAUCAUGUCUAAAGAAAGCUCAACGUCACCAACAUUAAGUACGGAAAAAAGCACCUCAUUCUCCAGUACAAAAACUACUACACUUCAGGAAACAUAUGAUUUGUUAGCUAAGCAUUUAAAAGAAAAAUUGCAGAAUGGGACGGAGUCAGAUGUCUCAAACUCCUUCACCAAGUUAAAGAAAUUAUUGUUAUGUCGCAAAUUAUUUAGUUCUCAGCUAAGUAAGUAUAAGCAUAUGGUACAGAUGGCAAAUCAAAAGCACCAUAUUUUCACAAUAUACGGAAGGGGAAACCUUAUAAGGAACACUCUAUUGCGACGUGGUUGGGUAGAAAAACUGACAACGGAUCGGCACCAGAGGUUGCAGCAUCUAUCGACGGAAGAACUUUUACAACAAGCUGCAGAUGGAAAUGAAUACGAAGUUGUCUUAUUGUCUAAAAUUAUGAAGGAUGUGCCAGCAUAUUUUAUAUGGCGUCGUGUUGGACGUAUCGAAAGACGUGCGGGAGUGUAUCCCUAUCGAAAUCGAGUUCUGCGUGCUCCCAGGUUAAACUUCACAACGAAAAUUGGUUUAAUUGGCUGUACAGAGCAAGAAAUGUGGUAUCGUAAAGAGGGUGCAUCGAACUUGAGUUAUCCUCGCUUUUAUCGUUUAGGUGGUAUUUAUGCAGAACACAAAUCGUUUAUUGAUGAUUAUCGCCAAACGCAAUGUCGUAGUUUCAUGCGCUAUUUAUGGAAUAAUCUUAUGUCUGCUGAAGUUAUUCUUAACGAGAGGGAGGGAACUGUGCCUGCUAAAGUUGUACAUUUUGCAGUUGCGAAUAUUAGAAAGCAAGUGAGUAUGUAUGAAAAUUUUACGUUAGAGGACGAACCAAAAGAAGAUUCGAACAGUAUUGACUUUGAGUGGCGAAGAUUCAUUUUUAGUUCAAACAGCAUAAUUUUUGACAAAGCUAAGCUACGAAUGGCCUAUCAGGAACUCUCGGUUUAUGCAAAUGAGGCAAAACGCUGUCUGCAUAAACUUGAAUACUACAAGCCAGAUUUAAAAUGGGAUGGGUGUCGUAAUCUGUGGAUACUUAAGCCGGGAUAUCGGUGUCGUGGAAAUGGUGUUGUUGUAAAAAAAUCCUUGGACGAUAUUUUACAAUUUGCUUCUAAUCACGACACUCGUAGAUAUAUUGCACAGAAGUACAUAGAAAGACCUCAUCUAAUAUACAAAACUAAAUUUGAUCUACGAAUUUAUAUGUUGCUAAUAAUUGGCAAAGAAGCGUUGUCGGUUUGGGUGUAUAAUGAUUGCUACUUACGGUUUAGUUCACAGGUUUUUAGUAUGAGUAAUUUAAAGCGAUCAAUACACUUGACGAAUAAUUCAGUUCAAAAAAGAUUUAAAAAUGAAAAGGAACGAGAUGAGCGUUUACCUAGAAAUAACAUGUGGUCAUUGGAGCAAUUUAAAGCAUACCUCAGGUGUCACAAUAUGCCUGAUGGCAUUUGGGAGGAUAAAAUAUUUAGCGGCGUUUGUACAAAUUUAUCCGCCAUUGCGAUGGCAAGCCUGGAGGAUACUGUUUUGACACGAAACUCUUUCGAAGUCUAUGGUUGCGAUUUUAUGCUUGAUGACAACUUUAAUCCAAUACUACUAGAAAUAAAUGCAAAUCCUGACCUGUCUGCAUCAACAAAUGUAACAGCAAGUUUAUGUCCGAGAAUGAUGAGAGAUAUGAUGAAGGUUGUGGUCGAUGUACCAGAAGACUAUAAUGCAUCUACUGGAGGGUUCGAACUAAUUUCAGAAUUUAAUUUUAAAUGGAAUAACACGAAGGGAUCAAGACCAGGGUUAACAAUAGAAGGCCAAACUCUACCUUUAUGUAAGCCGUUGCCUGUUUCGUGCGUUGACGAAAUUUUGAUAAGUACUGCCGACAAAAAGCCCGAAAGAAGGCAACUUAGCCCUGUCAAGUUCUUAGUUAACAGGUCAUCAAAAGUUAAUUUAAAUGAUGAAAAGGUAUUCGUGACGAGUGGCUUUAUGGACGGAAUGAAGGAGAAUUCUAUCAAUUUUUACCCUUCAACCCAAUCAAAUUUAAACUCAAUGUCUGAGUUUAAACUCAAUGUCUAAGCUUGAACCCGAUAUCUAAGUUUAAACCCAAUGCCAAUUAGAGUAUGUCAAUAAGAGUACGAAGAAAUAUUCCUUUGUUCCAUUUAUAAUCCAGAAAUGAAUGAUUUAAGGGAUCCGAAAAGGUGGUGGUGAGUUUGAACAGUGCUCAAAUAAAAAACAAGAAACUAA